CGUCGGGGAGCGGGGGGGCCCGGGGGCGGCGGCGAGGGAGGCAGGAGGCGGGCCGGCCUUCCCGCCCCGCCUGGCCGGGCCCCCCCGGGCGGCUUCCGCACAGGGGCGCCGCUGGCCCGGGCCCGGCGGAGGCGGGGCUGUGCUUGUGCGGGGAGGCAAAAGACUGUACCCAUUUCACAGAAGCGACCGGUGGCUCACCACCAACAUGGUAGUUUUCACAUGCAACGCAUGUGGAGAAUCUGUGAAGAAAGCACAAGUCGAAAAACAUGUGAACAUCUGCAGAAACUGCCAGUGCCUUUCUUGCAUGGAUUGUGGCAAGGAUUUCUGGGGUGACGAUUAUAAGGAACACGUGAAGUGCGUAAGUGAAGACCAGAAAUACGGUGGCAAAGAUUUUGAAGCCAAAACUAACAAAGGAGAUGCUAAGCAACAGGAGUGGAUUCAGAAAAUUCAUGAAGUUAUGAAGAAGCCAAACAUAAGCCCUAAAGUGCGGAACAUUCUGGAGCAAAUGCGUGUCUUUGAUAAUAUUCCAAGAAAAAAAGUAAAGUUUCAGAACUGGAUGAAGAACAGUUUGAGAAUUACUGACAGCACUUUGCAAGACCAGGUGUGGGAUAUCUUCUCUGAAGCAACCAGAAACAUUUCGAGUGAAAAAGAAGACGACAAACCACAACAGAAGGAAGAGAGGCAGUCUGCAGAAACUGGGGAAAAAACAAUGGGAGAAGAAAAUGGAAUUACAGAUGAUAAAAUUGAGAGGAAAAAGAAUAAGAGAGAACGAAAAGAAGAGAGACAAAAGAACACAAAAAAGGAGAAAAAAGACUUGAAAUUAGAAAACCAGUCUGAAGUAAAGAAGAGUAAAAAGUCCAAAAAAGGAAAGCAGAGCUUGGCGAAUGAAUUUGAAAUAAAUGGAAACGGCCAUCAGCAUGAAAUGGAAGAGGAAACCAAUGUAAAGAAACGCAAACACAAACAUGUGGAAGAGGAACCUCAUAUCACAACAAAGAGAAUGAAAACUGAAAACAUUUCAGAAGACAUGGAAACACAAAACACCAAUGGCAACGAAGAAAACGUGGGAACAGAUAAAGGUAAAUUCAACUGGAAGGGAACCAUCAAAGCUGUUCUGAAACAGGCUCCAGACAAUGAAAUUUCAAUUAAAAAACUAAGAAAAAAGGUUAUAGCUCAGUAUUACGCAGUAGCUGGUGAACAUCACAAAUCAGAAGAGGAUAUUCUAGUCCUGUUUAAUAAGAAAGUGAAUAACAAUCCCAAAUUUAAGGUUUUAAAGGACAAAGUUAAACUCCUGAAAUAAGAGUUUGCAUACUUUUCAUAACCUUUGUAUUUUAAUCUUGCAGACUGAGUCAGUCUUCUGUCAGCUGUACAAAUAUGUAUUGGUCUCAAUUUAAAUUGUAUGUGUGACUGCAGAAUUUAACUUUUAAGACUGGAUUCCUCCUCUUUUUAUAGAUAUAUCACAGAACAUUUUCAGAUAUUUUAUUUUUUGAUUUUAUGGAAGAUGUGUAUUUUUUGGUACAAGUUCUAAGAAGCAUUGAAAAUAAUUGCUGCCUACUGUAUUAAAAUUCUGCCAGUAGUGGAUAUAAUUUACAGGCAUGAAUGUUUAUCAGGACCUGGGGUGUGGGGUUUUUUUGCAGAAACUAUUGUAACAGCAAACAGGGUUUUCAUAUUGAAAAACCAGCCAUGGAAUACGUGUUUUGUUAUGCUAAAAUUCAAAAUGGUAUGACUGAUGUCCCUGUUAUGCACUGUAGCUAGUAUAUGCAGGCUUUAACAACCUGUUAAUUCUGUGUUGUAAAAGGCAUAAUUGAAGUGUCUGUCGAGUUUGUGUAUGUAGUAUUGCACAUUCAGUGAAAAUCUAAAGACUGAGUUACCUAUAUAUGCAUAGCUACUGCAUACUUUAAUUAGUGAUGGAACUGACUUCAGUAUAAGUGCACUAAAAAUUGGCUGAUGAAAUUAAUUACUUUAAAACACCACCUUAACUGGAAUAAAUCUUGCCACUUUAUGAUUGUAUAUUAAAUCCACAGAUUACAGAAAAUUUGAAGGGGCUGUUAUAUUGCAGUCACCAAAAAAAUUUAGGCAGGCCAUAAAUCUUACACGUCUGUAAGAGACAAUGUUGCCUGGGGAAAGUUACUUGAAGUCUAUAGGGUUUUAAUGAAAUGCAAAAUAAUUGCAGAUAGAGAGUUUCCUACCAUGAAGUAAUCUGUUAAAAACAGUGGUAGAAAGCCAGUGAGAAUUUCUUGUAGUAGGUGGUACGGUGUUUUGGAAAACUGCAUAGUGAUUUCAAGAGAUACACUUUUAUAAAACUCCAUAAUGAAAAUAUCUGAAUUUAUAGAAAUAUUGAAUAUUUUAAAAGUAUAAAUAUGAAAAAAUUAACUGAUACACUGGGUCCAGUUUUUCUGAGUACAUACUUGUCUUGUUUAUUAUUAAAGUUGCAAUAAAAAUACCUAAUAAAUUUCAGAUCGCUUCAAUAA